GCGACCCACCACAGCGCGAUCCUCUCUCGAGCCGACCCGCACACCCGGACCCGCCUCCCUUCGCCAUGGCGUCCUCCCCCUCGUACCUCCUCCCGCGCACCAGCCAAGACGAGCUGCCCGCGGCGCUCGACCAGGCCCUCACCGACGUCGAGAACCAGUUCGACACCCCGACCGACCUCCUCAAGCAGAUCACCGACCGCAUGCUGUGGGAGUUCAACAAGGGCCUCGCAGGAGCCCCGACCGACGACGAGUCGUUCAUGCCCAUGAUCCCGUCGUACCUCCAGCAGGUCCCGCACGGCACCGAGAAGGGCACCUACCUCGCCCUCGACCUCGGCGGCACCAACCUGCGCGUGUGCGAGGUCGAGCUCCUCGGCGACAGCAAGUGGCGCAUGAAGCAGCAGAAGUACAAGGUCUCCGAGGCCCUCAAGGUCGGCGAGGUCACGGCCCUGUUCGACUACAUCGCCGGCUCGGUCGACCACUUCCUGACCGAGAUUGGCACGUCGGCGAGCGAGGACGAGAAGCUCCACCUCGGCUUCACCUUUUCGUUCCCUGUUCAGCAGACGGCCAUCGCGGCGGGUACCCUCAUGAGCUGGACCAAGGGCUUCGAGUGCAAGAACGCGAUCGGCAAGGACGUCGUCCAGCUCCUGCAGGACGCCCUCGACCGCAAGCACAUCCACGUGCGCUGCAGCGCCCUCGUCAACGACACGUGCGGGACCCUCAUGGCGGCCGCGUACGAGCGCGGCGACUGCCUGUGCGGCGGCAUCUUCGGCACGGGCACCAACGGCGCCUACGUCGAGGACAUUGACCGCCUCACCAAGAUGGGCUUCCAGGCCGACGAGCUCGAGGCCAACAAGCGCCACGGCCUCGACAAGAUGGUCGUCAACACCGAGUGGGGCGCGUUCGACAACGAGCGGACCGUCCUCCCGUUCACCGUCUUCGACAGCCGCGUGGACCGCAUCUCGAUCAACCCGCGCAAGCAGGCGUACGAGAAGAUGAUCUCGGGCAUGUACCUCGGUGAGGUGACGCGCAACGUCCUCCUGCACCUCGUCGACUCGCAGGUCCUGUUCAAGGGCUACUCGACGCGCGCGCUCAACGCCCACUACGGCCUCGACACGGCCCUCAUGUCGGCGCUCGAGGCGCCGUUCGUGCCCAACUCGACCGAGUCGGGCGACCCGCUCGCCGCCGUGCGCGACGUCCUCACGUCGUCGCUCGGCCUCGCGCCCGCACUCGUCGCCGACGCCGACUGCUCGGCCGCCGCGCGCGUGUCCGAGGUCGUCGGCACCCGUGGCUGCCGCCUCGCCGCGUGCGCCAUCGCCGCGACCGUGCGCCAGACGGAGCAGACGACCCAGGGCCAGGAGAAGGAGCUCGUGUUUGGCCUCGACGGCUCGCUCGUCGAGUUCUACCCGCGCUUCGAGCAGCGCGUGCGCGACGCGCUCGUCGAGAUCCUCGGCGCCGACCAGGCCAAGAAGGUCAAGAUUGCGCUCGCCAAGGACGGCAGCGGCGUCGGUGCGGCGCUGUGCGCCCAGGCGGCGGCCGCCAUGGAGAGCAAGGGCGCGACGACGGUGCGCAAGGACUAGAGCGCGGUGCACGAGCAGGUGCAGGAGCAGGGGGGACGUCGUCGUUGCCUGUAUGGUCAGUCGCAUUGUACAGAAUACUCUCUCGGGCGCG